ACCCAUCACUUCCUUAGUGGAGCAUUUUAGCUCUCUCUCUCUCUCUCUCUCUCUCUCUCUCCAUUACUACGUUUUCGCUCCAUUGGGGAAACGCCGAGCUCUCGUUUCCCCUCGAUCGACGAGGAAGGAGAAGCGUUUUCCGCGUAGAGCUACAGAUUAAGCUUCUUUUGCCGCGUAAUCUUUGCUCAGCAUGAUGACGCACGCCAAGUCGGAAUCUGACGUCACUAGCCUGGCGGCGUCGUCGCCGCCGCGGUCACCGAAGCGCGGGGCCGUCUACUACGUGCAGAGCCCGUCGCGGGACUCGCAUGACGACGGCGACAAGUCGUCUUCGAUGCACGCCACGCCGGUGUACAACAACAGCCCGAUGGAGUCGCCGUCGCACCCCUCGUCGUUCGCGGGCCGCCACUCGCGAGCCUCCUCCGUGAGCCGGUUCUCCGGAAACCUCCGAUCCGGCUCUGGCCGCAAGGCAGCGGGUCGGGGCAAGCGCGGCGGCGGCGGAGGUGGCGGGGUCGGCUUGGUCAAUGAGAAGGGGUGGCCCGAAUGCGAUGUGAUCGAGGAGGAGGGGCCGUACGACGGCCUCGAUGACGACCGAGGGAUCUCGCGCCGGUGCCAGAUCGCGCUCGGGUUUCUUAGCUUCGUGCUGCUGUUCACCGUGUUCUGCCUCAUCAUAUGGGGUGCGGCACGGCCUUACAAGCCCAAUAUCGUCGUCAAGAGUUUGGAAAUGAGUAACUUCUACGCUGGCGAGGGUACGGACCAUACCGGAGUUCCAACCAAAAUGGUCACAGUAAAUUGUACUUUGAAGAUAAACGUGUACAACUCCGCAGCAAUGUUCGGCAUUCAUGUUUCUUCGAGCCCCGUUCAGCUCAUCUUCUCGGAGAUAACAAUUGCUACUGGGGAGCUGAAGAAGUACUACCAACCCAGAAAGAGCCACCGGACCGUCUCGGUGGUCAUACACGGCGAGAAGGUUCCUCUUUACGGGGCCGGGGCAGGGCUGGCUCUGUCGAGCACCGGCAGCACCGUCCCGCUAACCCUAGAUUUCGAUAUCACCUCUCGCGGUUAUGUCGUCGGGAAGCUCGUGAGAGUGACGCAUCGGAAGCACGUCACUUGCUCGUUCACCAUCGACUCCAAAAACACAAAGCCGAUUAAGAUCUCGCGGAACUUAUGCUCCUUUGCUUGAUCCCUGCUCUUAAAUUUUUACCAGCAAGGAGAUUUGGUUUGCUUGUUUAUUGUUAACUAGAGAGGUAAUGUUGCUUUAUUUAUAUAGCGAAAUUUGGCGAUUAUUAUAUAUUUGUUGUAUGUCGAGAGAAAUAAGUCAUGUUUAGUUGUUUGCUGUUAAUAUAUUUCUCUAUUAAUUCCUUAGGCAAUGGAGGAGAUUCUGCUUUAAUAAGAUCUACAUAACUAUGAUGUACACUUUUUUCCUUUUGAGCUUGUGUUACAGGAACUGUUGGUGAGUAUUUAAUUA